UGAAGGAAAAUAUUAUAUAUAGCAAAAUCUUUGCUGAGUUCGAAGCGACAACUGCAAUUCUUUUCACAGCAGUUCAAAUUCACAAGCGCAAGUGAAUAAACGUCGCAUGAACAGACGGGCAAAACAGAGUGAGAUGAUGCGGUAGAAUCGUGAGAUAUAUCGAGACAAAUGUGAAUGUAGUGAGGGGGCGGUGUAGUGUGAAGGGAAAAUCUGAGUGCGCAACGUGGCGAAAUUUCAAGCAGCAACAAUAAAUGAGGAGAAACAUAAACAAAAAGCUGACGAAUGAAAUUAAUCAAAAACAAUUUUAGAAAAUAGAGAAAUAGUGCGAGGGCGCACUAUACCAGCAGUGUACAUAUGUAGGUAUGCAUGCACGUGAGUGAGCGCUACACAGAAAUACAUGAAAAAAAUAUUGAAAGAGAAUAGAGAGCUAAAGUCAGCGUGAUCAACAGUAAGCACACUCAAGAGAGAGUGCAGAAGGCGAGCAAAUAGCUUCCGUUAGUGAUUUCAGCCGAGUGUGCUUGUGGGUGGUACGUUAAAACCCUUAUCACACUCCGUUCCAUUUGAAUUUUGCGCUGUCUUGCCAAUUAACCCACUAUCGUUACAAAACCACUCAAGCUACUUGCACAUGGCGGACGAGAGCAGCACCGAUAGUCCGCGUCCAUUUCGACGCGAACGCAAUCUCAGUAAUCGCAAUUUCGCUAAGCGACGCUCUACGCGACGUAUCAGCGUUGAGAGUCACAGCUCAGUGGAGUCGUUUAAUCUGAGUGCAGCUGAGAGGAACAACACUGCCAGCGAGGCGAGCUCAGCGCAUGAGAGCAACUCCAGUGCGAGACACAAUCACAGUACGGCGAGUAGCAGCGGCAGUAGUGGUUCACAUUCGUUCAGCGUCGCUAGUAGCCAACUGCAGUAUUCAUAUUCGGUACAAUCGGACACGGAAAGUGCUUUUCAACGCGUUUCUACGCGUAGAAUGAUACCACCACCAUUGCCCGUAACUGGGCCUCCCCACAGUGACGAUGAGCAGGCAACGAACCAUGAUGGCGGUGCAGAAGAUGGCGCUGCACAGCCAACGACACCCACAGAUCCAGCUUUGUUGGGUGUACGACAGAAAGUGCAUCGCUUCGAGACGUUGACAGCUGAGCAGCGUAUUUUGUUCAAAACGGGACGUCAUCAAUUACGUAAGCAACAGUACAACACACAUGGGGAGACAGUUGAAGUGACAACAUCGCCUGGCUUAUGGCGAGUCUUUCCGCCUGUGCUCCGACGGCCGACACCCGAAGCGGAUAGUUCGGCGGCAAGUCGCAUCUCGACAACCAGCUCUUUUCACACCUCCAUCGAUGAGGAACGUUCAGUGGACGAUGUGGAUGAUUUCUCCGACUAUGCAGAGGAUGCGCAUGCUGCGCGCGCAGAGGACGACAGUAUUGGCGUUGUGGCGGAAAACCUCGUGCCGGAGGAGGCGCAUGAAUUACGCGAGGAUGUGGUGCCGUCCCCCUUGCCUGGCUAUGAGCAGCCCAAUGAGGGUGAUCAGCUAGUAACGACGCAUGCUGUUGAAUCGGAAAUAGAUGAUUUGGGCAAAGUGGAAAAUGUGCGUCGCGCUGUGAGCCAUGAAUAUGCGACCACAAUGCCGAAGAGUCGGAAGAAGACGCACGCAGUAGAAGAGGACAAAAGUGCAAACAAAGCGGGUGUAGAUUUUCCGAGAAACUAUCGUUCGUCGCCCCGUCCGAAGACUGAAAUUAUUGGUACCAAAAAUCAAGCGAUUAUUGAUAAAUGCAAAUCCCUCUACCAGCCGAGUGACGAGGUGGAAGAGGAAGCCGAGGCUGAGCUGCGUGAUAAGAGUUCCCAGCAUAUAAAACCGAUUCUGGAUGAGCUCAUUAAAACGGAAGAAACCUACGUAGAAAAUCUUCGCAUCGGCCUGGAGAAUUAUGGAAAUAUAUUCACGCGCAAAGACUUGCCAAUUGGGCUGCUUGGCAAGAAAUAUGUACUGCUCGGCAAUAUAGGCCAGAUCUAUGAAUUUCAUUUGGAGCAUUUUUUGCCAAUGCUACAAGCAAAUCGAAGAGAUCUGAAGCGAAUAUUUGAUGAAUUUCAGCAUUACAUAGAACAAAAUUUCUUCUACUGCUACGUCAUAUUCACAAUGAAUAAGCAGCGUUCGCUCAAAUUAUGUGAUACUUAUAAAAAUUAUUUUAAGCGGAUACAAAAUGAACUGGACGAUAAGCUGGGCAUAAAUAGCUUCCUGGUACAGCCCAUACAACGAAUGGCUCGAUAUCCGCUGCUGCUGCAACAGUUUAUCACGACGCUUUUCAAACAUCGCGACUUUCAAAUCAAGCCACUGCUUGAGUCCUGCUGUCGUUUGGAGAAGAAAAUGCGCACGCUGCUCACCACCACCAAUGAAUCCGAAGUCAUUAACGACAUAGUCGAGUGUAAUGAGUUCAAUGUCUUCCAUCAAGGCAAAUUUCGCAAGGUGAGCGAAUUCUCUGUGAUCGAUCACACGCUCAGACGUACCUAUCGCGGCAAAGUCUUCAUCUUCGACAAAUGCAUCAUCUAUACUGAAAUCAAAGGCAAACAUCUGAUUUUUCACGGCCGCUAUCCAUACGAACACAUCGGCAUUGUUUCGAAGGCGAAACAUUUUACACUCUUCUACGAGCGUCGCAAACAGCAGGAAUGUGAUUUCGUUUCCGAGCCACCGGUUAUCGAGGCGUGGCUAGAGCUGAUACGCGAAAUGAUUAGUGCAUACAUAAUGGAGGAGCGGCAAAAGCUACAGGAUCGUUAUGCGCGCGAAGGCGACCAACAGUACAGGAAGCCAGUCAGCUUGUCACUGUUUCGUGACUCGAAUCGCUUUAGCUCGGAUAGUGGCAUAGGCAAUAUUUGGGUAUUGCCCAAGCCGGAAGCGGAGUCGGAGGCGGCGAAUAAUCGAACGACGUGGUAUGCGGUGAAUUGAGGGAGAGCGCACGAUGUAUGCUCAUAGUAUAUAAGAGAAGGAGAAUAUGUAGGUAGGGGAGCUUGUUUACGGACGAUUAGAACGAUUAACUGUUCUAUUAAAUUCAAGAAUGUCCCAAAUGAAAGUGUUAGAAAUAUCACUCUAUUGAACGUCAUCUAAAAAUUUUCACUUUAUGUGGCAUCAGAAUUGGAGUUUGGAUGAUGGGGUUCGAGUUGGAAUGCAGAGUGGCCAUAUUUAUCUACAUAUUUACAUACAUAAAUUAACGAAGCGCUUUCAAAGUCGUUGUGCGUUACAAGGGGUUGCUCAACAAUUCGUAAGAAAAUAAUAACACCACUCAAAAUUAAUCUAAUCUGGCAACACGAUAUUUGCAAUUUGACAGGGCAAUGCAACAAUUGCAUGCAGAUACUUGUAUUUGGUAGCAUAAUUUGCAAAUAUCAGAAUUUGUGAACUGCCUUAAUGCUCUUAAAGGUAAAACCUGUACGAAAAAAAUAUUUGUUUUUGGUUUUUUUUUUUUUUAAUUAAUUUAAAUUUUUAUAAAUUCCGAUGUGGAUGUUUUAGCAUUUCGGUUUGUAAACUUAAAGCAAAGCUCAAUAAUUCGUUUAGUUUAGUAAAUUUUAAAAACACAAAUUUAUAAUAAAAUGCCAAAAAAUAUUUAAUUUUAUUUAAGUAUUGAUUUUAUAGUAUUUUGUAGUUAAGAUGACGAAAAAAUUGUUGUAGUCACAAAUAAUGUUUAUAUGUACACCUUUUAUAUGUAUGCACGAAGUUGAAAAAUGUUAAGUACCUAUACGAGUAUAUUUGUAAUUAUUAUAUUUAAUACAAUUAUGUGUAAAAUAAUAGCAGUGACAUAUGGGCGAACUUUCAAUUGAAGAAAGAAAUAAAUAAAAAUUUUUUGUUUGUAUUCCAUUUU